CAACACCUCGACGGUCGACGUUUCCUCCUCUUGGCGCCGCCGCUCCCGCCUCCUCUUCCCCCAAACACUGCAACUCAAACCAUCUCGAGCCAAAGGCCCGCUCCCCGCCAUUGCGGUCUCACCAUCCCACGAGCCAAAGCUCGGCGCCAUGUUUCCCACAGCCACUCGCGGGAGAUGCGUUUGCGCGAGCUCCUGAGUGGCACCUCCUUAUGAUACGGGGCGCUCGCGCACCUCCCCUCCGAGUAGCUCGGCUGUUCUGGCCUUCCCGCCGCCUAUGCGGCGACGAUUCAAGAACCGGUGUCGAGGUGCCCGGCACUGGGCUGCAGGAUGAUGGCUGCAUUCAUGAGAGAGCGGGCGAGGCGGGCCUAGAUCCGGCGACCGUUACGCCCGAAGUGCUCCUCCGAAUGCCGCCGCCCCCGCCCCUGCCCGGCCAGCCGGAGAGCGGCGACGAUGACGCCGAAAAUUUGUCCUCUGGUUCCGGUUCCAGGCGGAGGCCCCGUGAGGAAUUGAGGCUGGCAGAUAGGAUUCUCAAGGUCCUGCUGCAGGAUGGCCCGGGGUUCAGCGCCCGCAAGGCGCUCGACGAAAUGAACCUGAAGGUGACCAACGAGCUGGUCAGACAGGUGAUGUUCAAGUUUGUUGUGUCUGUUGAUAGUGUCAACCGCGAGAGGUACCCGAGGCUGGCAUACAAGUUCUUCGUGUGGGCAGGGCAGCAGGAUGGGUACCGCCAUAACACGAGCAUGUACAACCUCGUUAUGAAGGUCUUUGCCGAGUGCGGGGAGGUUAAGGCGAUGUGGCGGCUGCUUGAGGAGAUGACGGAGAUUGGGCUGCCUGUCUCUGCUCGUACAUUCCACAUUUUGAUAUGCACAUGUGGGCAGGCUGGGUUGAGGCGGAGGCUGGUGGAAAGGUUCAUCAAGUCAAGUAGUUUCAACUACCGCCCGUUCAGGAGUUCGUUCAAUGCGAUAUUGCACACGCUCCUGACAAUAAAACAGUACUCUUUGAUCGAAUGGGUUCACCAGAAAAUGGUAACAGAGGGCCACACUCCUGAUGUAUUGACAUACAACGUGGUCAUGCGUGCAAAGUAUUUGCUCGGAAAAUUGGAUCAGUUCCAUAGAUUGCUUGAUGAGAUGGGAAAGAACGGGCUUACACCUGACCUUCAUACUUACAAUCUCUUGCUUCAUGUGCUUGGUAAAGGAGACAAACCGCUUGCAGCUCUCAAUUUACUCAACUAUAUGAGUGAUGUUGGUUGUGUGCCGAGUGUGCUCCAUUUCACAAACUUGAUAGAUGGUCUUAGCCGUGCUGGUAACCUAGAAGCUUGCAGGUAUUUCUUUGACGAGAUGGUGAAGAAAGGGUGUGAACCGGAUGCUGUCUGCUACACUGUUAUGAUUACAGGCUAUGUGGCAGCCGCAGAAUUUGAGGAAGCCCAGAAGUUGUUUGAUGAUAUGUUGGUGAGAGGGAAGCUUCCGAAUGUGUACACAUACAAUUCAAUGAUACGCGGGCUUUGCAUAGUAGUACUUUAGUGUGUAGAUUGCGAAAUGCUGGAAAGGAUUCUGAAGCUAAUCAUGUUAUUAAGUACAUGACAAAGAAGGGCCAAUAUCUUCAUU